AUGGGUGCGCAGAAUGGCAGCAAGGAGGGCAUACUUCCCAUUUCUGAGCGUCAAUCAAAACGAGAUGACGAUAAGCCGGAUUCUAGCGGAAGCUUGUCCGACAGGAUCUCGAACAAUGCGACUCUUGCGGUGCUCGCGUACUGUCUGUCCUCUAUCAGUAUGACCCUCGUGAACAAGUUCGUAUCCCUCAAGGACGCCCUCGAAUAUGCAAACCCUAAUAUAGCAAAGUCUUUCAUUGGCACCGUAGCAAUCGUCCUCUGCAAAAAGACGGGCCUCAUCCCCAACGCGGCCCUCUUUGACUUCAAAAAGGCCCAAACAUGGCUUCCCGUCUCCAUUCUGCUCGUCGGAAUGAUCUACACGGGCAACAAGGCUCUCCAAUUCCUCUCUGUGCCCGUAUACACUAUCUUCAAAAACCUGACUAUCAUCGUCAUUGCCUAUGGCGAGGUCCUUUUCCUGAGGCGGCAUUCCGUCGUCGCCGCUUGGGCUGAUAUCAAGCACGUCACAACCGCCACUGCAGGCGGCGACUCAACCGCGGCCGCAUUAUCGGUUUUAAACGCGGGCUAUGCCUGGAUGGGCAUGAAUGUCAUCUUCUCCGCCUCGUACACCCUCGGUAUCCGCAAAGUGAUCAAGAAGACCAAUUUCGACAACUGGGAUGUCAUGUUCUACAACAACCUGCUCAGCGUCCCCAUCUUAAUGGCUGCGUCCGUGCUGACGGAGGACUGGUCCUCGGAGAACUUGCUGCGGAAUUUCCCCGUCGAGACGCGCCAGAGCCUGAUGAUCGGCAUCGUCUACUCCGGCGUCGCGGCGAUUGGAAUCUCGUACUGUACUGCGUGGUGUAUCCGUGCGACCUCGUCGACGACGUAUGCUAUGGUGGGCGCUUUGAACAAGCUCCCGCUUGCCGUGGCGGGAAUUGUCUUCUUCGAUGCCCCGGUGACGUUCGGGGGCGUGUCUGCGAUCCUCCUUGGGUUUAUCAGCGGUCUUGUGUUUAACAGGGCUAAGAGCACUGGCUCAUAG